GCCUUGUUUCCAGAUUACAGCAUAACCCAUGAUGAAGGUCACACUGGUCUUUGCACUUUGGAUGACCCUGAUCUGCCAGGGAUACAGCAACAGCCUGGACUCGUGUCAGGGCCGCUGUGGUUAUGGAACAGACAGUAAUUACUCGUGUCAGUGUAACCUGUCUUGUGAGCGUUACAAAGACUGCUGCUCCGACUACACUGAGUUAUGUAAAGAGGGAUCCACAUCUUGUAAAGGCCGAUGCGGAGAGAGUUACAAUUCCCAGAACAAGUGUCAUUGCAACUCAAAGUGCACACAAUACAACAACUGCUGCAGCGACUACAAAGACCUUUGUAAGACUCAGUGACGGCGGUGUGGGCACCAUCACUGACGCUGAGAUCAAGGCUCUCUCUGAAACUCUGUACGUUCUGGAUUCAAACAAAGCUUCAGCCUCAGAGUUGAUCAUCGACCCUCAGACUCUAGUACCCAACUCUGAGACGAGCUCCCAGACGGAUCACUCCCCUAGGCCCUUGUUCCGCUACCUGGAUGAUGCUCUAUUCUCCAGACCCACCUAUGUUGCUUUCCUGGCCGUGCUGGACAACUACCAGAGGAUGACUGGACAGACUGAAGACUUCAGUCCUCAGCAGCUGGCCGAGCAAGAGGUCUUCGUAAAGGAGACCAUGUCCAACACUGAGCUGGGCAGAGAGCUGUUUGCCUUCCUCUACACCAAAGGCAUCUAUGCAUCAGAGGAAGAGUUCCUUGAAGACCUGAGGAUGAUGUGGUUUGGUCUGUACUCCCGCUACAAUAAUAAAAUGGAUUCCAGUGGCUUUGAACACAUUUUUGCAGGAGAGAUAAAGAGAGGGAAAGUCUCCGGUUUUCACAACUGGAUCCAGUUCUAUCUUCUUGAGAAAAAGGGCCUGUUGAACUACUACAGCCACAGCUUUAACGGCCCCUGGACUACCUACCCCGAUGUUAUGGGGAUGCAGUUCAUGUGGGACGGUUUCUUCAAGCAAGUUGGCUCUGCAGUUAUUGGUUGCAGCCCUGAGUUUGACUUUGCCAUAUACAGCCUGUGCUACAUCACUCGACCUGGGAAACAGUGUCGUCUCAGCCUGGGAGGACAGGAGCUUGUAAUCCAAACUUACACCUGGGAUAAAUCUUUCUAUGGCGAUGGCAAGAAAUUCAUUGGUUCUGCCUUUCCUGCUACCCCCCAGGAGCUGAAGUUGCCAUCUGCUUAAUAAUAAGCUGCUUACAGCCCAGCCUGUCCAUCUUUCAUUAUUUCAUUACACUAAUGACAUAAAUGCUUUGAAAUAAUUUUCCUAACAGAGGCACUUAUCUCAGGAGAGGUGUUUUUCAUUUUUAAAAUGUUCAAGAUCAAGCUCCUGUACUGUUCCCAACUGAGAAAAUUGUGUUGAAUUCCGUGCUGCAAAUCCACAAAUUACCGGUUAUAUUAAACAAUUUGAAAAGG